AUGAUGAAUCUGUUGUGGAGGAGGAUGUUGAUAGCGAGGAAGACAUGGAGGAAGAUGAGGCGGAGUUGUCCAACACCUCUGGUGCCGAAGAGACACCGGAAGAGGGCGAAGAUGCUGAAAGAACCGCUCAAAUGGCCGGAGACGAGGGAGAACACAAAAAUGCGGGGGAGGAUGAAGCGGAUGAAUCUCUGGCUGCUGCUGGUGCUGGUGCACCGGAUAGAAAUUCGUCUUCGAACAAUGCAAAACAUGCGUCCCACUCCCAGGCCCAGCGUCAGCACAGGGGGGACAACGGUAGUGUCGAAACCCCAUCACCACAAAACACGGCCAGGGACCUCCACAGCGAAGAACUCGAUGACCCCGACCGGGUUGACACGCCGUACAGCACGGGCACUCCGGCGUUUGAGGCGGAGCACCAUAUCGUAUUUAAAAACGUCCCCACCCCAGAGUUGUCAUGCGAAUCUGCAUGCUGAAAAUGUUUAUCAUGCGGAGCCCCAUGAGAAGCAUUUUUCAGUCGUGUAUUGGAGUUUGUCAUGCUGGAAUCAGCAUGAUAUACUAGAUCUGUCAUGCUGCUGAACUACCUCGCACAGCACUACACUACGGGGCCAAACUUGUCAUGCGAAACAACUAAAGGUGGUUGAUUUGUCUAGCAGAUUUCCCAUUUUGACUCUGGUGUGGGGACGUUUUUGCUCAGGAUACACCAGAUGGAGGGGUUAUCCUCCGAACAGGAGGAAAACCGGACCAGCAGCCGAAUUGAGGUUAGCCAAGGGACCUCCGCUAUCAAAUGCAAAAAUGUCUGGGUCUGGAAGAAUCCAACUUGUUAUGCUGAUUUUGGAUUCUAAGAAAAUCUGUAUUGCAUGAGCAGCAAAGAGACUCCAAGUUUUGCUACACGGAAAGAGCAUUUGUCAUGCGGUAUAGGCAUCAGGAAGCCCUCACAAAAUGUGUGAUGCUAGGGCAUGCAUCACAGGCAUCAGGAGUCAUGCAAAAUGUGCAUGACAAACCUGGCAAUCUUCCAGACCCAGACACUUUUACAUUUGAUAGGGACCGCCCCACAAGAACUCGAGCCGCAGUCGCAGGGUACUACCGCGAGUUCUGUCGUCGACCCAAACACGCCGGUGGUUUCGUUUCUGGGGGAGCAGCAGCAGUAUCUGAUGUCUUCGCGACAGAAUUCCCCGCGAAACAGCGCGGCGACCGCCGUGGCUGGAGAAGGAGAUGCUGGAAGUGAAUCCGUUAGGGGACUACAGAAGAGCGGUGCGACUGAAAUAAAAUCCUCCGUCGCCACUGUUUUACCGGCAGGAAGAACGAACACGACUAUUGCAAGAACCAAGGUAAUUCCUGAUACUGUCAUCCUCCAAGAACAAGAUGACUACACUAACGGUCGCGUUUCAGCAGCAGCAGCAGGAACUUCAAAUGACCUCCGCCGUUUGACGCUGAUCAGCAUGGAAACACCCUUCCAGAGCAAAGCGGACGAAACCGCGGCAGCACAGGCGUCGGCUAACACUGUUGCGUUGGUGCAGGACAUCUGGACGCCGGCCGAUGCAGUCAUCAACGGAAACCUAGAAGAGCAGAAGCUGGAAUUGACGAGAAGCGCUGUUUUCAAGCAGUUGCGGGAACUGCAACAGAAGAAAAUCGUGAACGACGAAAAAGUAAUUUCCGACGUGAAAGCGCGCAUCACGAUCCCAUCCGAAGCUGUCGAGCCGCACAUGAUUUUUCAGGACGGCAUGCGGUUGACCUACAUUCACCCGGAAACCGGGGAGAAGUUGAAGAGGCCGGCGAGUCCCGAACGGAAAAUCCGGGACAGGGAUGGGGAGCGGAAAUGGAUCAAAUUCGAAGAAGAUUACAGUAUCCAAAUCACCGCAAACUACAACAAUUGCAACGAGGAGUUGUUUGUUGACGGGAAAAAACGGACGGUUUCCAUCCCGGGCGCCUGCUUCUUACCGAAGAAGGCACCAAGGAUCAAUUCCCGGCUGUUCACGUUCCGCAGGGAUAUGCUGUUGCCAACCUGGGUGAACCAAUUCUCCGUGUUGUGGGAAAAGCGGCGAAAGUCUUUGGCGCACUUGGAGGAGAUGCUGGACGCGUUGGAACUAGCCCCGGAGGUGCUGCAAAGGGCGUCGAACUUCCACGCGAACACCAGCAAAGUCAACUACACGGACCUAGAUUUCGCAAAAUUACCGCUGCAGCACAGCAACCACAGAGAUGAAAAGGAGGGACGGCCAACGUGGAACAGCAACUUCCACCAGCUUCCGAGCGGACACGUGUUCUCCGGGAUCAAGCCCGACAGCCCGCGCCGGAAGUGGGUGCCGUUUGAGCGGAAGGUGCCGAAGAGUCUCAUGCAGUGGUACGCCCUGAAACACCGGAAUUCCGUCGAGGGGAAAGCGUGGUCGGAAAAGGUUGCGAAUUUGAAACAGGCGGAACUCGAUGAGCUACACGGCGGGAAUAAUGCUUUUACAAAUGGCUAUCCUUUGAACUACAAAUCUUGCGCCGACGAGCAUGCUCCCUGGUCGAAAGAUACUAAAGUCGAAGGCCUCUUCUCCGAUCGGGACAAGAACCUGUGGAAAAAGCGCAUGAAAACCAUGCAGCAGGGGCAGCAGGCGCUGCGGUGUUUCCGGAACGCGCUGGACGCGAAAUACCAUUUUUCAGACAUUUCUUCCCCUUUGACGCUAGACGCGUUUCGCUUGCAGCAACAGAAGUUCGAAAUCCACGACGGUAAUAUGGACGACGAUUACGGCAUGAUGGCAGGAGUUCCACUGUCGGCGGCCAACCCCUUUCCAUCCUCCGCCUUCGAUGGCCCCGGUAGUUCGGAGAUGAUGGGUAAUAUGAGCAUGAAGCAGCCGAUAGCUAUGAUGACCGCUCUGGCGGAGGAAGAUGAGGAGGAAGUAGCGGACGGUGGUGGUGCGGAGAAAGCAGAAAGACCACCUGAGGAGCAAGCUACUGGCCAGCUGCCCGCUGCCGCCAUUGCUCCCGGUAGUUCCACGCUUUCCAAAACCUCCAUCGCCUCUGACAAGGGCCUCCGAGCCAGCGCCGCUAACCAGGCCGCACCGGGAGAUGUUCUUGAGCGAGGGUCCGAUGAACAGCAUUUGGACCAAGUGGUCGAUUCCUUGAAUGAGAUCCACGCCGGUGUGGUCUCUUUCGCGAAAGGACAGAAAAACCCCUGGGCGGUAGCUCCUGCGGGAACUGCAGGAACAGACGGGCGGUCAAGCGUUAGCAGCACAAAUUCGGCCGGGCAACAAGGGCAAACACUAUCUCAGCUCGACCAGGAGCUUCUUCGGGACAGGCGGCAAACGAUCUCGGAAAUUCUCCGCCUUCUCCGGGACCGCAACACGGCGCUCGCCGUUGCCGCGGCGGAGGCGGCGGAACACGAUCGCCAGUACGAGGAGGAGUACUUUCGCCAUUUGCAGCAUAAUCAAGACCCGGAGGAAAUAACGAAUUACCCACCCCACCAAUACCUCCACUUGGCGGAAGAGUUGGGGGAAACCGCGUUGUACGAAUGCGUCACCUUCUUGAAAUCGAGCGACGAUGUGGAACGGGAGAUCGCUUUGUUGGAAAAGUACCUCUACGACACGGCCUUGGUCGGCGAAUCUGCGGUUGGGAGGCUCGUCUCGGAUUUGCACGCCUGGCGGACCGAUCCGAGUAGAGAUUUGCACAGGGAUUCGAAAGUGUUGAAGAAGAUGCAGAACAGUCACUGGGGAAACACGAAAAAAAUCCCCGGGUUUGCGAUCAAACACUUACUACCCGACGUGAACUUGUCUUUGGUAGAACGGUUGAAAGCGCGUUCCAAACCGAGGCACGUGGUUCACAACAGGACACAGAGCUUAGACGAGAAAGCGAAAAAGAACCGCGAGGCUGCGAAGAAACAGGCGGCGGAUAAUGCGCGGAAAAAGUUCGGCACGAGGUCCGGGAACGUUGCGAGCAGUGGGAAUUUGGGAGGUGUUGACAAGGCUACAACCCGAAAAAGCAGUACUUUUUCGCCGCGUCAGAGUUCCGUCAGACGAUCCACACAGCAGCAGAAUACGCAGGCAAGUCGAGCAGGACAAGAAGGUGCGAUUGCCUCGAUUCUGAAAUCUACUUCCGAGCGGAGAUCUUCGUCGAAAGGGAACAAAGGCACUUCAUCUUCGCAGCAAAUGUCAGUUCUGUUUCCGGCGCAGGUCGUGUCAAUUCGAGAGUCCUCUGCGGACAAGGAGGGUGACAAGCUUCUCUCCGGCCAUAUCACAGGAAAAAGUGUUAACGUUAACGGAAUUUGUGAUGCAGAAAUGCAUCACAAAACGUGCCAAAAUUUGUCAUGCAUAGCAUGCAUGCUAGGCAAAAUUUGUCAUCCAUUUUUGCAAUCUAUGAAAGCCGUUAACGUUAACACUUUUUCCUGUGAUAGGCCAGGGGGAGUUGAUCAGCACAAACGAAUUCCGCGCUACUGGGACGGUUAGAGAUGCUGGUAGUUCAACAAAACAGUCGGCGAAUAAGAUAAACUUGGAUUUGAAUUCCGCGAUCACAAGCGAUGAGGCCCGCGAACUGAAAAAGAUCGGCGCCGAGACGAUGACAGGCGCCUUUAUGGCCAAGCAGGGGAUGUUUGAAUCUUUUGUCGGUGGGCCGGUAGAACAAGAACCGGAAAUGAUGCUAGAAAGGAGCAGCAGCCGACUGGUGUCCGGCGACGGCGGUGUGGCGGAUUCCGAUAGGGGGCGCUCCGAACGUGCUCAGGCGGAACAAAUGCUGGACCAGCAGCGAAAAAACACGACCCAGCAGUCAUCUUCUUCUGUCCGGAGCUCCAGAACUUCUUCCGUUUUCAAUAAAGGCUCGGCAAUUCUAAGCAAGCAAAAUUAUGGAUCAGAACAUAUAGAGCCAGCAGAAUCCACCAACCCCAGCAAGCUUUCCCGUCCCUCCUUCAAUCGGCCACAAACGACGGCACGAUCGUCCAAGUCGUCGGUAGUAUCAAAGUCGUCAGCGAAAAGUGAUACUCAAGAAGGAGACAACAUGGAGCAGGCUGCGUUGCGGCUUUCGACGGGGGCUUCGAGGAAGUCUAGCCGCCAGUCGAACCAGGAAGUAGAACAAAGCCAAGAUAUGGUAAAGCAAUCCACAGCUUCCAGCGUGCGGAAUAAAAGCUCAAAGAUCAGUGAGGGCAAGAAGUCUUCCACUAUGUCUGCUAGAACCUCAGGAUCCAAAGUGAGUUUGAGCAGCGAUAAGAAAGCCAGCAGCCGAAUCGAUGCUCCCGAAGACGAUUCCGAAGCGAAGCAGAAGCUCUUAGAGCAUUUGAACUCGCUCGGGGAGGUAAACAGUGACGGGAAUGUUGUGCUGCCAAUCGACGCGGUAAAUCAGUUGCGGAGUUACUUGAAAAAGAGCACGGCGAGUCAGGAGCAGGAAGAGGAAACCUCCCAGAGACAGUCCUCCACCAGGAAAGUAUCUUCUGAGAUGUUGAACAAGGGCCCUUCAGAGAGAAGUGCCGCUUCUGACACCAAGGGCGCAGCUCCUUCUAGACGCGAUUCCUCAUCCAAGCGUAGCGGUUCGGAAUCGUCUGACUCAAAGCAGAUGAAAACACGUCGAGAACAAACAGCCGCAAGUCGAGCUUGCACUGUCAGGCGAGAAGAGGAAGAUGAGCAGACAGAUGACAGGAAGCAAAAGUCGGAAAAUUUCUCUCCGCGACAAAGUUCUUCUACGUCGCAAAGAAUCAGCUUGAAGCGUGAAAGCAGCACCAAAAGAAGCGUUGGCUCUUCUCCAACAUCUCGCGCGGAAAGCAAGACAGGGAGCGUCAAGCGGGAGAGUUCAGUUCUUCGCAACGCAAUGGAGAAAACAAGCGCUGUCGAGCAGCGCGAUAGCACCGUAGUUCGUCGCGACGAGGAGGCUGCGACGAGUGUCAAGCGCGAUAUCAGAAGUAGUACAACUUCCGGCGGCGCAGCUUCCGUUGUGAAUACGAAACAAGACCAGGAAGAAGUUGUCGAGCGGGCUGUUUCAUCUAGCAAAAAAUCCACCAGCUCACUGAAAGACACGGACCGGGACGGGAGCAAGAAAUCGACCAGUCGCCAGUCCGACCUGUUUGUGAGCUUCGAAUCGAAGAACAUCAAGGCUUCCACCGCCUCUGGUGUGAACGUGAACAACGGAGACGAGGUUGACAAAGACACCAGAAGGAGCACGGCAAAGCGGAGCAUUUCGAAAAGAGGAUCUUCUUCUAAAAGAGAGGCCGAUGUCGGUCGUGGUGGUGAAGAUGAUGUUCCGGAUCUACUUCGAGAGGAGCAGAAAUCUUCCAAAAGAUCUGAGAUGUCUGAUGGAAAGAAGUCCUCUCGGCGUCGUGACAGCAGCGAAAUGUUGAAUCAAAACCCGAAUAAUUACAACACCGACAUGGCGGACCGGAGUUCCGCGGACAGUCUGACUGCCGCGAUCGUCGAGGGCCCGCGGGGCCCGAGUCAGCGCAGUCUAGGGAGCGAGGCCGCGCGCGCCGCAAUGGAAAUUUUAGAUGGCGUGAACCUCGGGGCGUAUGCGGGGGUGGCGAGGGCAAGCAGCACUGCUGAAAAUAUCAAUAGCGGCGCACCAAAAGGAAUAGGUGCUGAAGAGCAACAGCAGGAGGACAAUGCUCUUGCGGGACGGACAUCUACUACUUCUCGACCCUCCAGCAAGCGCAGUAAAAAUUCCGGCUUCACUACGCAAGAUAUGCCCGAAGAUCUUGACUACACCACCAGGAAGAGCAAGACUUCCUCGAGAGGCACCAGGGGCGCUGGCUCUGAAGUGAAGUACAAUGACGUAGUGACCAGCCCGGAGGAGGCACCAGAGCAGUCUUCGGACGAGCAGCAAGUAAAAACGCGAGAAAUAAAAUCGUCGAGGGUGAAAUCUGGGGAGCCGGGGGAAGAAGAGAAAGAGAGUUUUUACAACCCAUAUCGCAAGAAAAAAGUAGUACAGUCACACAUUGUGUUGCAGGAACCGCAAGACAGACAACCUUUGUCAUGCAGGAAAUGCUUGCGAGCCUCGUUUCCUACAUAUUCCCCCUUAUGAUCUUUGCAUUACUAUACAAGUUUUCUCUUCCACACAGAGAGAAUUUGUGAUGCAGAAACUUCAACGAAUGUGUAACUGUAACACUUUUUUCUUGUGAUAACCCACUAAAGAAGAAGAGUAAAACUUCCUCCCGAGGAACGUAUGCAUUGCAAAAGUGUCUGGGUCUGGAAGAAUGCAACUUGUGAUGCUGCAUUUGGAUGUUUACAAAAUUUGUGUUGCAUGAGCAGCAAAAGGAAUCUAUUUUUUGCUACGCGGAGAGGGCAUUUGUAAUGCGGAAUAGGCUUCAAGAACCCCACAGGAGUCCUGUGAUGCUAGGGCAUGCAUCACAGACGUCAUGGCUCAUGCACGCCGUGCAUGACAAGUCUCAGAAUCUUCCAGACCCAGACACUUUUACAUUUGAUAGAACGCGAGGAGGUUCGAAAGUCCCCUUCGCCGACGUGGCAAGUAGUUCAGACGAACCCAGUAAGCGACAGACGAGGCAAUCCGACACUGCUGUUCCUCGUCGUCGUGCUGGGAGUAGUUCAACAGCUUCGGAGAAAAAACAAGACUCUGAAGACUUUGUCCCAGCAGCGGAUAAGAAGAGCAAGACUUCUUCCAGGGGGACCCGCGGUGGUUCUGACGUGCGGUACGGGGACGUCGAUAGUGUCGCUUUGGACGUGGACCACGACAAGAACUCGGGAGUAGAGCAGGAGUACGCUCCUGGCACAACGCCGCUGCAAAGUGACGACCCGCGGUCUUCGUCAGACAAGUUUUUCACGGGUCUGAGCAAUCCGAUGCUGUCAACAUCCGUUGAGCAGCAAGAGGACGGGGGGAAGUCUUCACAGAAAAAAUCCUCGAAAAUCUCAUCUUCUUCGAGGAUCGAAAAAUCCUCUAGAUCCGGCAGUUCCAGUUCCAAAAAGGCUGAAAAUCAAAAUUCAGCAAAUGCUGCAGCUACUUCAUCGUCAAGGAUCUCCCAUCACGACGUGUCUGAUUCGGAGGCGCAGCAGCAUCUCAUGGAUGAAAUCAGGAGCACCGGCGUUAUCGGCUUCGACGGCACCACGCUCGAUAACAAGAAGAGCGAAACCAACCGAGAUAAAUAUGGACAACUACUUCCUGACAGUUCUUCUCCGCAAAGUGGGCAGACGGAGUUUCUCACAGCCUUGAGCCACGACGACGAAGCUGCCGCUGUUGAUCAAGGCGAAGAGAGUCAAAGACCUGGGAGUGCCAACAGCAACAUAAGGAUGCCAUCGAGUUCUUUCUCCAAGAAAAGUUCCAAAAUUUCCACGCAACAAGACCAAUACCAAAACCUCGCUGAAGACGCCAAUUUACACGAGUCGACGGAUAUCCUGCACCAUGAUGUUUCGGAGGACGAAGCCAAGUCGCAUUUGAUGAAAACCAUCAUGAGCAUGAACACAAUCAACCUCGACGGCACGACGCAGGACAAGGAUACGACGGUAAGAAUUUCCCAGAAAAAUUCGUUGAUCCAAGAGGUGGAUGAAGUAGAGAAGAAAUCCAGCCGAGAACAAGAGUCGACCGCUUCACGGGGUAGUGGUACGUCGAAGGAGAACGAGAGUAGUACCAAGGACGCCGAAGAACUGCACAAAUCGACGAAAAUUUUGCACCCGGACGACGUGUCGGAAGAGGAAGCGAAGGAUCACUUGAUGAAGACCAUUAUGUCCAUGGGGACAGUGACCUUCGAUGGUGGAAUCUCGCAACCGAAAGAAGAACCAGAAGAACCAGCGCAUGACAUGGUGAAUCUGACGCCGUUGGAGAAGGACGCGAGCCGAGGGAGCCUGCUGAACGACGACAGAUCUUCUGGGAAGAGGUCGUCUGGAUCCGGACCUUCGCAGGCGAGCAAUGCCACAAAUGCCGUAUCGCAGCAAAGAGGAAUGGACACGAGAGGCAUGCUGUUGACGUCGUCCCAGAAAGGCACAAGUGGCACACAAGAUCUGGACAACAUCACUGCGGGCAUCAUGGAAGACGAAGCGAAUAAAAGUUCCUCUGCCCCCGAUCUGCACCUCCACGCCGAUCAGCUUAUGAAGCAGAGUGUGAUUGCGGAGAACAUGAAAAGCAGGAUUUCCAAACACAAUGUAACGGAGGAAGAGGCGAAAGAUCAUUUGAUGGAUGAGAUUCUCUCAAUAGGCGUCGUCAACCACGACGGAACCAGCGGUUUUCGGGAAGACCAUAUUGUACUGGAAAAACAACCGACGCAGGGACUGGUGGAGGCUACAGUUGAAAGCGGGGGCGGCUCCUCGAACUUGGCGGAGGAGUCCCUCUCUGUCUCUGUCGCUUCUCCGUCUGCUCGUGGUGCAGGAGGUCCCUCGGGAUUAGAAGAAAGUGCCUUUUCUCAAGUAGAGAGCGCCGCAAACAACACGGUGAAGAUCCACGCACCUGUCAUCCCACCGACUAGCGGCCUGAAGAGCAGCAGUCAAGAAAGACUACUGCCUUCCUCCGGCGAAAUCAUUCAGCAGUCGUCAAGUGAGUUGAAGACAAAAGAUCUUUCCUACAAUGUCCCGUCAGGCUCGGACGAUUUGACGCAAGUGAAGCUGCGUAGCGACAAAGCGGAACCAACGGCGGUGCCAAUGCACUACAGCUCGCAGUUUGAGACCUUAAGUAAAAAUGAUCCACCCUCAGGAGAACCCCAACAAACACCAGAACAGAGAAUAUCCAGCGAAGAUAAGAAGAGCGUGAAGAAAUCGCGCCGUUCCUCCGGCGUUGACGGUUCCGUGAGUGAGAAGGCGGGGAUGUUCGCAGCAAAGGCGCUGGACAUUGACGAGCACGAACAGCCCGGCGCACCGGGGGAGAACGUUGAUAACACGAGGUCGUCCGCUGCCGAACUGACUAGAGAAGGAGAACAUCAGUCUUCACAGAACACUAACGAGGAUGGUUCAUCACCUGAUCAAUACCCCGGGCCGUCAGAUCCGAGGAUUCCCAAUCGGUACUCGCACGUGCGCGGCGCCGGGGGUCAACAAGCACAAAGUGAAAUGUCGAAUGUUUCUCUCCGGGCCAAUAAUACCGUCAACGUUUUCAAAUCGGAGGACAUGGCCGCACCAAACGAAAGGACGACCGGGUUUCGCUCGGUAGGGGCGUCAUUAAAGUCCGAGAGGUCAGAUAGCGAGAGCCCAUCGAAUGAUCCCGAAAAAAGAGGUCCUCGAGACACCGACGCUACGGCGGCCUGGGGCCAGGGCAGUCGCGCCACCAUGCGCGACGGGCCAAGUGAGAUCGUUCGGCCGAGCCAGGCGUUGCCCGGAGCUGCAGGGAAGAAAAAGAGAAAACCAGACAGACACGCGACCAUGGCCGGUGGACAGACGGAAAGUAGCAGCAACGAGCAGGAGUUGUAGUGAGAACAGCGUCUGACCACGACUGUUUUGUAGGGUUUCGCUUUCGCACCAUUUGCUCUUGUUGUACUAAAUGUAGCUUACUUAUUUAAUUUUUCAGUAUCAAAUAUUUUUCGACGCGAGUUUUCAUUCUGAUUCACAUUAAAGCAUGAACACUUUCUCCAAUAUAUCCAGACAAUGUUAUUGUCAAUGUGUACGGCGAAGAUUGUUUCUCAUUCGCCAGCAUCUUUUUUUCGUUGCGUUAGAGCGAUCCCCAAAAUGCAACGAAUUCGUCCAUAAUUCCUAAGUUCAACUAAUUUCAUUCCCGUACCGGUGACAGAACCAGAAAAACGUAUAUUUCGCCGAAAAUGAAAAAUUAUGUGAUUCCCGACGCUUCAACUACACGUGUAU